CUUAACUAUAAAAAACCCAGACCUAUGAUUCAGAUCCGAUAUCCAAACCCAACGCGACCCGAUCGUGGCCUUUAACACAAAUUCAAAACCAAAACCCUCCGUUUCAAAAUCACAGGCCUCCAAAACCUUUUUCAUUGCAAAAGAAAAAAAAAUGGCAGAAAAAAAGGAGACAAUGUACAGCAAUCUCUUUUCUUUAGUAAUAACCGAAAUCAAAUGUUACUCUGGCAAAGACCCUCUUCUCCCUUGGCUUCGGGGGAUUAAGAAAAUCAAAGAAUCAUUGCCACCCGAGAUUUUAACCGCGAAGCUACCUCGGUUCUUACAAAAAUGCACCCAAACAUUUGAAUCCGACCGCCGUUACGAAAACGAUUCACGCUACCUCCGUGUCUGGUUACAGUUGAUGGAUUUUGUCGAAGAUCCGAGGGUGCUGCUGAAAAGAAUGGAGAUGAAUCAUAUAGGGACAAAGCGGUCUUUGUACUACCAAGCAUAUGCUCUUUACUAUGAGAAGAUCAAGAAAUUUGAUGAGGCUGAAAAAAUGUACCAUUUGGGUGUUCAAAACCUUGCAGAGCCGGUUGAUGAGUUGCAAAUAUCUUAUGAGCAAUUCCUGAAUCGUAUGGAGAGACAUAAGACAAAGAAAAUCCAGCGCCAGGAAGGGAAAACUGCCAGGAGGCCUCUCCAAUGCAGCGAGUUGAAAGAAAACAGUUAUGGCAUAUGCAUAGUUGAGGAUAAGCAUAAGAGGUCUUCGGCAUUACAUAAUGGUAAAAAGGUCGAGAGCAAGGAGAUUGUUGGAAGUAAAAAUAUGUCCAAGAAGAGAGCUUUAAUGGAAAGAGAGUUGGAUGAGCCUGGGAAGGUUGGGAAUGAUGAUACAGUUGUUGUGAAGUUUGUUGAUACUGCUAUUGUUGGUAAAUCUGAAGCAGAAGAUGCCUGCCAUCAUGGACUAGUGGAUCCUACAAUAAACUUGAAGGAGGCAAUGAAUGCAAUUAAUAGCAUGUUUCGAGAACCUUUAGAGACGGCUCCUAUUGGUAGGAGAUCACACCAAAGGCAAGAGAAAGAAGAUCAUAAUCUGAACAUAGGAUUUAAGGUGUUUGAUGAAAAUUUGGAGAGCAGAAUCAACUCAUCAAUUCAACCUAAAGAAAAGGGGCAGCAGAGUAAAGCUCGAACUUGUAAGCCUCAGGAGAAAUCAUUUGAAAUUUAUAUUGAUGAUGAUGAAGGAAAUAGUGAGGCUGAAGAGGGAAAUGAUGAGAAAGAUAAUGUAGAACUGAUUGAGGUUCAAAAUUCAAGAAGAGGUUCUAUGUCUUCUGCUUUGCAUCUAAAUGCCUUUGUGUUUCCCUGUCCUAAUGAUCUUUCUCCUGAAAGUUCAGAUGAUGUUGAUGCACAAAGUUCACAUCAAACGAAGCUUAGAGAGGAUACAGUGGUUCACAGAUUUGUUGGUUCGACCAUUUCAGAUGAGCCAGUGGUAGAAAAUGUUUGCCACCAUGGCUUAGUAGACCCCACAGUUAACUUGAAGGAGGCCAUGCAAGAUAUCAAUAACAUGUUCGGAAAACCAAUAGAUUUUGUUAGGGCUAAGAGAAAGAAGCAGGACAAAGCACCAGUUAAGACACAAAAUCUUGGUGGGUUUUCAAUACUUCCUGAUGAUGAAUUGGAACAUCAAGAACGGCAGCCUCCUUCAAAAUCAUCAUGCAAAUUAAGUGAUUGUGAUUUAUUUGAGCCAACUUUGUUUACAAAAGAAGCAAUAGAUGAUAUAAAUAAGAUGUUUGGAAUGCCACUGGACUUUUAGGAGAAAGAAACUCCUAGAGAGAGUUUGAAUAUAUUACUAUGGUGAAGUUGCGUGAGUCUUUAUCCUUACUUGUCACAUGUAUUUGAAUGUGAAAACCUUGAAGCAGAUGGAAUUUCCAUCUUGUUUUCUUCAUGUGACAAUUUUGAAAUGUAAUGUACUUUGUGCCUUGUGCCAUUUACUUUGAUCUAUGUUGGAGCUCAACUGUAU